UCAUCUCAGAUCAGCAAAAGGGACUGGUUGCAGUUUUUGAAGAGUUGUUUGAAAGAAUUGAACAUAGAUUAUGUUUGAGACACUUGUAUGCGAAUUUUAAGAAGAAGUUUGGUGGAGGAGCAUUGAUAAGAGACUUGAUGAUGGGAGCAGCCAAGGCAACCUACCAACAAGCAUGGACAUUGAAGAUGAAUGAGUUGAAGGCUGUAGAUCCUAAGGCUUGGGCAUGGCUCAUGGCAGUUCCUACAAAGUCUUGGUGUAAGCAUGCAUUUUCAUUCUAUCCUAAGUGUGAUGUGCUUAUGAAUAACAUUGCUGAAUCAUUCAAUGCCACUAUUUUAAAUGCUAGAGAUAAACCUAUAUUGACCAUGUGUGAAUGGAUUAGAAAAUAUCUGAUGAGUAGGUGUAGUAAUUCUACUUUGAAACUUGACAAAUGGCCACACAAAGUGAUGCCUAUUCCUAGGAAAAGAUUGGACAAUGAGGUAGCUAUGAGUGGUCACUGGUUGCCUACAUGGGCUAUGGAAGAGAAAUUUUAGGUCACACAUGCUUAUAACAGGCAAGAGUUCAUAGUUGACAUUGCUAAAAAGAAUUGCACAUGUAAUUUUUGGGAUCUGGUAGGUAUUCCAUGUAGACAUGCUGUUGCUGCAUUAGGGUUUAGACAACAGAACCCAGAGGAAUUUGUUCAUGAGUAUUACACUAGAGACAGGUAUGCCAUGUGCUAUGGAUUUGCUAUUAGUCCAAUUAAUGGCAUUGACAUGUGGCCUGAGGUAGAAAGUGAGGAACUUUUACCUCCUAAAUACAAAAAGGGGCCUGGAAGGCCUAGGAAGCUAAGGAUAAGGGAAAGUGGAGAAGAGGGUGCAAGAAGAAGGUUACCUGGUGUAUCUUACAGAUGCACCAAGUGUGACAAGGUGGGCCACAAUGUUAAGACAUGCAAAAGCAAGAGGCAAAGUCAGAGUGCAAUGAAAAGAAAGAAGAAAAUGAGACCAAAUGCUAAUGAAGAAGGUACUAGCAAUGUUGAAAGCCAGUCUGGUCCAAACAAUGAAGGAGGGCAACAUAAUGCUGGAAGCCAGUCUGCUCCUAUCAAUGAAGGAGUGCAACAUAAUGCUGGAAGCCAGUCUGCUACAAACAAUGAAGGAGUGCAACAUAAUGCUGGAAGCCAGUCUGCUACAAACAAUGAAAACAAUGAAGCAUCCAAGACUGAUUCACUGUUUGGGGAUGUAACUGAUGACAUGAUAAGCAGCAUUCCAGACUUCCAAUCUCAGGCAUCAACAAGCAACAAUUACAAGGGCAAGGGAAAGGGAAAGAUGAUUGACAAGAAACCAAAACCAGUUGUGAGGAGAAGGGUAAGUGAGAGGAUAAAGGAGAACUGGUUCAAGAAACCAAAACCAUUCGUUGGUCCAGGUUCAAACCCUGAGCAGCCAAUUUGUAUGGACAUUGAUGAAGAGCCAUCCUCAAAGAUUACACCAAAAAGGGCAUUGAAGAUUGCUGCAAAAGGGCCAGCCAAGCAUUCUCCAAAGAAGACAUCAAAGAAGGGAACUCCAAAGAAGGGAACUCCAAAGAAGGGAACUCCAACAAAGAAGAAUUGACUUUAUGUAAUGUUUAAGUGUGACUGUUGUGUAUUUUGAGUAGCACAUGAUUUGUGCACUUAUGUAAUGUUUAAGUGUGACUGUUAUUUUGAGUAGUAAUUAGCUUUGUGCUGCUAAGA